UUUUGCGCUCUCCAUUCUCCCUGCGAAUUUAUCAGCCAAAGGUGCACUAUGUGAAAAAACAUUUGAAAUCGACAAACUAAUAAUAGGUCUGCGGGUGCGGCGAAGUCAAUCGUAAAACUAGUUCAAUUAGAAAACCAGAAGCAGCACACCUCCAUCCCGGUUGACGAAUAGAAAGCUGACCAAAUGUUCACCGGAACAGGCCACCGACCAGGCGCCGUUGGCAUCUAACCAACCCAAUUUCUAUCUCCUCUCCACGACCGGAAGGCACACCCGACAGUGACCCACACUUUAGCGUGGAAAAUGACAAACCUAAACAAGCUCAAGGUGGUCGUCAUUGGCAGUUCCAAAGUGGGAAAAUCAGCCGUCACGGUUCGAUACCUUACGAAACGAUACAUCGGCGAGUACAGUUCUUCGAGGGAUUUCCUCUACCGACACAGCAUAAUCUACGACAAUGCCACAACAGAAGUGGAAAUUUUGGACACAUCCAAGUGUGAUAAACGAGGUUGCCUAUACGAACAUCUACGCUGGGGCGAUGCGUUCGUCGUGGUGUACUCCAUCUGUGAUAAGGCUAGCUUCGAAGAAGCCGCCGAUUUUCUGCAGCAGCUGACCAAACUCAAGCUACCUUCCUACUAUACGAUACUGCUGCUCGGCAACAAAAGUGACCUUGAUCAUGCGAGAGAAAUCUCCGUCAACGACGGUCAGGAGCUAUCCUUUCGGUACUCUUGUCAGUUCUACGAAGUGUCGGCAGCAGAGAACUUUGCCGGCGUUUCGCUAGCAUUCCACUCGCUCAUUAAGGAAGCUCGCUCGACGCAACUCUUUCGGGCACUUCCACUCCGUCGAAAGCUCGGCGUCAACAGUGUCUCCAAAGCGUUGGGGAACAUUUUCGGGAAAAACAGCAAAGGCGAACGAAAGAAGCGACCUUCGCUGAGUAUAUGACGGACAAAAGUAGUGGAACCGAUUGACGGAACGCUUUCUGCCGUUAGUUGACUGGGAGCGUUUGGAUAGCAGAGACAAUUUGUAAAUAUGUUUGGAAUAAGUUAAUAGCUUUUAGCUACUUAAAAUAUUGAUUUACCGACACAAAAACAUUCCGGAGUCAAUACGACCAUUUCAAAUGUACAUAUACUGAAUAGUGGUAGUAAAUUAUAGCUCAGUAAGAUUCCUACAGAAAAGUGGAGUGUAAGAUGAAAUGAUCGUACAAAUUUCACUUGUAGCUUAGAUCUUAAAUAAGCCGUAGGUUCCUAAAAAGUAGCAUUAAGUAAUGAACACAAUAUUUUAUUGGUAUCAUAAAUCUACCUUCAUCUAUUCA